CAUUUCCCUGUUUCGUCUCCUAGUCGCCUAUGUACACGCAGCAUGAAGGAUGCUAAGCAACGUGCGAAGUCUGAUACCGUCGUGCCAUCAGGGCGAGGGACAUACGCAAAACAAGCCUGCAGCCAUUGUAGGAAAAGGAAAAGCAAGUGCGAUGGGCGGGCUCCUGUAUGUGGUCCAUGCGAGAAGGCGGGGCGAGCUUCAGAGUGUACCUGGGGAAAGGAGACUGCCAAGAAGGCUCGUACGCAGCAGCACUUUGAGUCUCUCGAAAAUUACAUUCGCGCACUCGAGGCCAAGGUGAAGGACCUCCAGGCCGACCUCGAGUACUGCCGGAAACAACAUGGCGGUCCUCCUAAUGCUCAUUCACCAUCCGACUCCUUGGAGGUUGCGGCAGCAUCUAUUGUUCCGCGACAAGACUCUUCCGAGCCCGAGGUGUCCUCAGACAACGAGGGUGGAGGUAGCACAAGUGGGGAGUCGGGUAUUGAAAACCUCAUAAGCCCCACACGGCAUCUUGUGCUUCAAGACACCGACCUUGAAUAUCACGGACCGACCUCCGUCUGGCGUCUAGGUGCACAACGCGCCUCUCCUGCAGCUAGCGACGCCAAGAAGUCGACCUCGCCCGAGCCCCCCAACUCCUCUACCUCCUCUACCUACUUCGACUGGUCGCGGUAUUUACCCCCAGAAGUUCCCCUCUCGCGCCAGGAACAUGACCGCCUCCUCGAAAUCCUCUGCAAGUUCAACAUGUGUUGGGGCCUCCGCAUCAUCCCCGAGCUCUUCCUCCGCGACAUGCAUCGCGCGCUCAGCGUCCCACCUACCCCGCAGCCACCCCGAUCGGCGCACUACAGCCCUAUGCUGCACAAUGCCGCUCUCGCGCUUGCGUGCUCCUACUCGGACGACCCUGUGCUCAAGGACAUACGCAGCCGGCGGCUAUUCGCGACGCGCGCGAAGAAGUACAUCGAGGGCGAGUGCCAGAAGCCCACAAUCGCGCUCGUCACCGCGCUCGGGACGCUUGCCCUCUUCCACUCGGUAUGCGGGGAGCAGUCUCUGGGGUACUUGUAUUUCGGCAUGGCCGGGCGCAUGAGCCAAUCUCUGGGCUUGAAGAUCGACUGUUCGCCUUGGGUGAAGCAAGGGUUGAUCACGCAGGAGGACAUGCUCGACCGCAAUUGGUCGUACUGGACGAUCUUCAACCAGGACAUCUUGUGGUCCCUGUACGUCGGGCGCGAGUGCUGCGUGACCCCGCACCCGAAGGACGCACAGUUCCCGGUGCCGUUCGUGGGCAGCGAGGUAGAUACUGCGCCAUGGUAUUGGGCGCCCAGCAAGUUGCCGCCACAGCCGAGCAAUGUGGUCAAGUGUUUUGAAGCGACCUGUGAUCUGAUGGUCAUCGCGAGGAGGAUUUUUGACUUUGUGUGGGUAUCGCUAUGGAUAUCGGGCGUGUUUCCACAGACGAUUAACGUGCUUCUCAGCAACGGUCUUGGUCCUGGCUCAAAACGGGAGAGCACUCUCCAGACGGUCAGCGAGUUGGAUAUCCAGCUCAACAAUUGGAAGGACUCUCUACCGCCGGAUGUUGACUUAACUGCUGCCAGUCGUCCGAGUGCGUUGCCCCACAGACUUAUGCUGCAUCUUGCAUACUGGUGGCUAUUGCUGCUACUGCACCGACCAUUCUACCGCAGAGCCAAGUCAGGAAGCACAGGUCCGGACAUUGAUCAUGUCAAGCUCCGGAAUCGUGCAAGCGAUAACAUCAUGCUCCUCCUCGGCAUAUGGAACGAGAAGUAUUCCUUGCGAUAUGUCCCUAUCACCCUCAUGCAAGUUGCCUACUGUGCGGGCACCGCAUUCGUCCUUUCCGCCGUACAAGCGACCUCUGGCCCUCGUCUUGGCCGCGUCGCUCUCAGCAGCGCGCUCACGCAAGCAGAGCAGUGUAUCCGCUACCUACUUAUUUCAGGCCAGUCGUUCGAGUGUGCGAACCAUGUUGCGAGCAUUCUCUCCAAUCUCCUUCACGAUCAGCUCCGUCCACGGCUACUCAUGCGCACGCUUGAGCCAAAAGACCUCGUCACCAGUGGUCCUGGCCAGGAUCGCGAACAUGGCGAGCACCCCCCAUAUUCCCCGUCCAGCGAGGGCGGUCUGACUGCCGUCACGGCUGAGGGUGCAGACUGUUUCUCGCUUGCCACUACGAUCUCCAGUCUCGACGCGCUCCUCAACCAGUGUCGGAACACUGCCGCCGCGCACUCGUACUCGCCCGACUGGAAUCCGCAGGAAGGCUUCCCCCUCCCGGGCCUCGUGCAGCCGCAGCCACCAUCUGCAUCCUCGUCCGGCGCCGUCGGGACGAACGCGGGGUAUAACAACGGUCAAUUUCAAUUGGACUUCUCGCAGCUCUCUCGGAUUCCCGAGGACGUGGAGAUGGAGUGGGGCGGAAUCGGCGUUGGCAUGGAUCUUGGCAUCAUGGGCGGCCAGCCUCUCUCGAAUAGGCCGUACAUGGCGUUCGACAUCCCCGAACUGUCCGCCGCCGUCCGCGUCGGACCGGACGCGACGUUUGCUGAUGUCGACGCACCACCGUUUGACCCCGAAAUGCUCAGGCAAUCUGCGCCGUCCACCGCCCCUGCAAGGACGCCGCAGAGCGCUGCGACGGCGUUGGCGCACGGCAUGCAGCUGGAUUUCAACCAAGACGAGUUGGCAGUCAUGGACCAACUCAUGCACCAACAGAUGAGGCAGAACUUAGCGUUCCAGUCCACACGGUAUCAUGGUAUGUGAUAUGUAGACCCGGGCCUUUUCGUGGAUGCUUGUGCAUGGAGUGGGGGAAGGUUGUGAUGAACUUCUUGACGUAUUAAUCUCGAAAUGUCGUAUCGUGUUGGAUAACGCCUUGUAUAAUAGGACGUCUGGUAACUUUUGUACUCUAUAAUCACAUCUACAUUUCCC